AUGCCAGCAUCCAUGCGAUACGCCGAUAAACUCGAGGCAGAGCUUUUUCACGAGGUCAAGCCAUCCCUUGUCGAGAAACUCUUGGGUCAUACACGUGGACGUAAACGUUGGGAUCGAACAAGAACAAGAGUGGUACCCGAUGAUGAAGAUGAUGAUGAUGACGAGGAUACGCUAUGGGAUUCGGAUGAUGAAGAAGAUGAUUUGGACGAUAACAAACGACGACGACAAAAGCAAAAACAGCAAAUGGCGAUGAUGCAAGAAGGAGAAGGAGGAGAAAACGAUUACUCAGAUGAUAUACAAGCAGUGUACAUGACGACUAUACGCAAGCUUAGACAACCUGUGCAAGAUUUGAGGAUUCAUACAGCUUUGGCGAAUGUGUAUCACAAGAGCAAACCCAUGGCAGUAUCCUUUGUUCCUCCACACCAUCAUUUUUACUCGACAUCCAGCUUUUCACAAAUGUUUCUCGAUUACAGCAAGCAACAACUUCAACGCAGACCCUCAUGCAGGUAUCUCAUGAUGCUUCUCGAAACACCGACCCAUCUCGUGCGUCAAAACCAGCAUCCGGUCUAUCAAGCAUUGUGUAGAAGGCGUCGAUCUUUUGUGGAUACCAAUGUUGUCAUGACAGCAGCAUCCUCAUCAUCCCCUUGUCGUAGCAGUUCAUCUACCACCACGCAUACAUCAUCUUCUACACCCGGCAAACGUUUGAGGAGUCUUUCAGCAUGGAGUCAACGAGUAAUGAGACGUGAUAAACAACAGCCAUCCACAGUGGUCUUGGUGGAAAGUUUGGUACAGCCGCAACAACGGAAGAGAGAAUUAUUGCAAUGGCAUUCUUCAAUGGAAGCAGCAGCAGCGGCAGCGGCAGCAAGAAUAAUCAUGGAGCAUCAUCACCAUCAAAAAGUAGGGUAUGCUUCGGUUCCACUUCGGCAAGGAUGGUACCGUCAACAACAACAACAACCAGAUGAUGACCAGGAUGAGGUCCCAUUAGGUCUUCUCCGAAAACGAACGUGA